AUGUCGUCACAAUCCCAGCCUGAAAGCACUGCGCGUAGGCGCAAGACUCUGAGAUACAGUGUGGUCUUUUCUCCCGAAGCAAGCACAGAGAGUCUGCGCAUGGACUACGAGCCCAAGGAGAUCUUGGAAGACACGGAUGAUGUUGCCCCAUCUGCACACUCUCGUCUCUGGACUAUCCUAAACACCAUUGUGCUUCAAAUCCUCAGUGUUGGAAUUCUACUACCUCUGGCGUUGGGCUGGAAAAUCGUCACGAGAUGCCUCCACACAUUGGGAUUUCAAAUUCGCGGUGCUCCCUUCCUGCUACACUGUCUAUCCUUUUUUUUCUUUCGACCCUUGGGCUUUAUUCUUCCCUUGCUAGAAAAUGCCCUCAAGAUAGUUACGUGUGGAUACAUCUCGUUCGAUGGUCCCACCUUUCGCCAUUUGGUAGGAAUGACGCUCAAUGGCUUUGGCUUUGCGUGGCAUGCGGUUUUGGACACAUUGGCCACGCCUCCAUCGCAAUGGGCGGGCGCACUGGAGCGAUUCCAAACCUUUUUGGAAGACAAUGGCCUCGAUUUGGAAAUGAAAUUGGCGCUCGGUCCUCGUUUUCUGGAUAAUCUAGCCGUCUACGACGAUGUCCAAGGCAUGUUGGGAUUGGGGGCGGACCGUCGAGUCCAAGACACCAAGUUGGACUCCACCCAACUUGCAAAACUGGAACAACAAUCAUCAUCUCCCCAAAAACAACAACAACAUACCGUCCAUGAGCGAGGCAGCUCAUUUUAUGCAUUUUGCUACGGCCGCCUAUGGAGGCGCCGUCAUUUUUGGGACAUUGUUGGAAACCGACGAUCAGGAAGGAAUCGAUCGAGUCAAUCGCUUGGGGGGCCGGAGCGAUGGCGUUGA